AUGUCUGGACUCGUCCUCCCGACUCGUGGCAACAACCAGGCCAACGGCGGCAACGGCGCGGCGGCAGCGGCAGGAGCAGGAGGACCCGGUGGCGCAGCGGCCGAGGCCGACUCGCAGGACAAGGGCAAGGGCACCGCCCAGGCGGGCGACGAGGCAGGAGCCGUCAUCCCGGGCGUCAACGGGAUCGUCCCGACGUUGCAGAACAUCGUCGCGACCGUCAACCUCGAGUGCAAGCUCGACCUCAAGACGAUCGCGCUCCACGCCCGCAACGCCGAGUACAACCCCAAGCGUUUCGCGGCGGUCAUCAUGCGCAUUCGCGAGCCCAAGACGACGGCGCUCGUGUUCGCGUCGGGCAAGGUCGUCGUGACGGGCGCCAAGUCGGAGGACGACGCUCGCCUCGCAGCGCGCAAGUUCGCCCGCAUCAUCAUGAAGCUCGGUUUCGAGACCAAGUUCACCGACUUCAAGAUCCAGAACAUCGUCGGCUCGUGCGACGUCAAGUUCCCGAUCCGCCUCGAGGGCCUUGCCUACGGUCACGGCCACUUCAGCUCGUACGAGCCCGAGCUGUUCCCGGGCCUUAUCUACCGCAUGGUCAAGCCCAAGGUCGUCCUGCUCAUCUUCGUGUCGGGCAAGAUCGUCCUGACAGGCGCCAAGUUCCGCGAGGAGAUCUACCAGGCGUUCGCCCAGAUCUACCCGGUCCUCAACGAGUACCGCAAGCCGUGA